AGUGCUGUGCUCUGAGCCCAGUGAAAGCCGCCAAGGGAGGAGGCGGGGCUCCGGGCGACUUCCCCUUCCACCUUCCCCCACCUUUCUCUUGCAAUCUCCGUUUGGCCCUAGCUGUAUUCAGCCGUUCCCGCUGCAGCUUCCCAGCCAUUUGCAGGAGCUACACCACCACAGUCGCUGUUCUCAGGAUGGUGAUCUAUGUGUAUAUUGCAUCUUCCUCUGGUUCUACGGCGAUUAAGAAGAAGCAGCAAGAUAUUCUUGGUUUCUUAGAAGCUAACAAAAUUGGAUUUGAAGAAAAAGAUAUUGUAGUAAAUGAAGAGAAUCGGAAGUGGAUGAGAGAAAAUGUACCAGAAAAUAGCCGACCUGCCACAGGCUACCCCCUGCCACCCCAGAUUUUCAAUGAAAAUCAGUACCGUGGAGACUAUGAUGCCUUCUUUGAAGCCAGAGAAAAUAAUGCAGUGUAUGCCUUUUUAGGGCUUACAGCCCCACCUGGUUCAAAGGAAGCAGAAACCCAGGCAAAGCAGCAAGCAUGAGCCUUAAUCAUUUCAUCUUGAGCAUCCUGAAAAAGAAGUACCCAUUGUUUUUAUAAAAUAAAAAAUAUUAUAUUAGCAUCAAAGAAAAUAGGUUUAAUGUAAAGGAAAUAAGUUUAAUGUUGCAAUAAUUGAUUAGAUGGUUGUUUUUCCAUUCCAAAUAAAUGCAUAAAUAAAAUUUGAAUAUUAUGGUGAGGACAAUGUGAGAUAAGCAGAAAAGUUAAGUAGAUGUCAUGGGACACUAUUGUGUUUUGGAAAGCCAAUUCAUUUAUAUAUUUCAGUGAUUUUCAAUAGCAAACACCAGAGCUUGAUAGUACAACAGGUGUGUGCUCUUGCCUUGCAUGCAGCCAACCUGUGUUCAGUACUCACCACCUAUGGUCCCCAAAGCAAUGCUAGGAAUGAUGUAGGGUCUGGAUCAAGCCUGACCACUGCUGGGUGUGUCUCAAAAACAGCAAAAUAAAGUCAAAUGCCUGUCCUCUUUUUAGGUAUUAUCACUAAAGCUUAUGUUUAUUUGUAGUUUUACAUUAUGAGAGAAAAUGAAUAUCUCUUGUCCCAAUAUUGACACAAUAAUUUUAGUAAACAAGCAUGUAUAUACCUUUUGGAUGUGGUGUUAUAGAACUUAAAAAGAAGCCAAAGUUAUGCUUAUAUUUAAGAGAGAGUAAUUUUUGAGUUCAUUAUAACAUUUCCAUACUUUUUUAGUUAAAAUUUUAAUUUACCAUGCCACAGUUUGCCUAGGCUUCUUAAUAUAGCCUUUCAUUGCACACUUCAGUGAUAAGAGCUUCUUAACACAUACAAAUAUAGACAUAUAGUAGUAGUUUACUUGAAUAACCACCAGCUUUGCUGUAAUCAUGUUUCUAAGUUGGUUUCUGCAUGGAAAUAUGUAUUUUUAUGUUUUGGAAGUGGAAUGAAAAUUUUUAAUGUCCUCAUUUUAUAAAAAGCUCAGUCUUUUAUUUAAUUUCAGAGCAUGUCACUCAUUUACAAAGACUGAUUUAUCUUCUCUUUUUGUCUAAAACACACACACACAAACCCACCAAAACUUUUGGGCUGGAAACAUAUUACAGUAAGUAGGGUGCUUGCUUUUCAUGUGGCUGACCUGAAUUUGAGACUGCACCCCAUGUGGUCACUUGAACCCCUCCAAAAAUGAUCCCUUAGUGCAGUGCCAGGAAUAAUCCUUGAACACUGUCGGGUGUCACUAAAAAACAAAUAAAACAAAAGUUUAGUGCCUUGCUUCUUUUAAAACAACUUUCAAUCAUGUCAGGUACUAUCUCAGAUAUUUUAUAUUUUUGUUUCAGUUUAGGCAUGUAUUUUGUGAGACCAUUUUAAAAAGAAGAAUGUUUUUCCCCAUGAAUAUCACAAGUUUCAGAUAAAAGGAACACUUUUUUUAAAAAAUGUAUUGCCGAAGACUUUCAAGAAGCCAAGAAGCAUUGUGACUUAAAUUGCUUAUCCAUAAGAUGCACAAAAUUAUGCUUUUUCUACUCUAGUACUAAAAGCAGAUCUCAAAUCCAGGUCAGCCACAUAUUUUUUAAACAAUUUUGCUGUGCUUUCCUUGUAUCAUUAGAUAUAAUCAAGCUUAUUCUAUUUGCCAAAAUCAACAUAAAAUGAAGACAUGACUUUAAUGAGAAUGAAACUUGAUGGAUGCUUAAAAUAAACUCAUUACUUGUAGAAGCAUAA